AAUUGGUACAAUGAAAUGCGACACUUUCUCAGUCUAAAACCCUAAUUGUCCUUUUUAUUCCAAUAGAAUCUCUAAAACCCGUUAUAGUUUUUGAACUCUGCUACUUGGAGAUUUGUUUGGAUCAUCCAUGGCGAACCUUCCGAUCAUUCAGUUCGAAGAUCAAAUCAUAGAGACGGUGGAGCGGAACCCAGUGGUGGUGAUAAUCGGAGAGACUGGCUCGGGAAAGAGCACCCAGCUCUCUCAGAUGCUACACCGGAGAGGCUACACCAAGUCUGGAAUCGUCGGCGUCACUCAGCCUCGCCGAGUUGCCGCAGUCUCCGUGGCUAGGCGGGUUGCCCAGGAGCUUGGUGUUCCGCUUGGGGAUGAAGUGGGAUAUGCUAUCCGAUUUGAAGAUAGAACCUCAGAGAGGACUCGUAUCAAAUAUCUUACUGAUGGGGUCCUCCUUCGCGAGAGUCUUUCUAACCCUGAGCUUAAUCAGUAUUCGGUAAUCAUAUUGGAUGAAGCUCAUGAGAGGAGUCUGAACACGGAUAUAUUGCUGGGACUAGUGAAACGCUUGGUUGGAGUGCGAGCCUCCAAUUUAAAGGUUCUUAUCACUUCAGCAACUCUUGAUGGUGAAAAAGUAUCAAAAUUCUUUUCAAAUUGCCCCAUACUGACUGUCCCGGGGAAGUUAUACCCUGUUGAGAUAUUGUACAGCAACGAGCGCCCUAAAAGCUAUCUUGAGUCAUCUUUAAAAGCAGCUCUUGACAUACACGUUCGGCAACCAGAGGGUGACGUCCUAAUAUUCAUGACUGGACAGGAUGACAUAGAGAAGUUGGUAUCAAAGUUGGAGGAUCGAGUUCAAAGUCUAGAUGAGGGUUCCUGUAUGGAUGCCAUCAUCCUUCCCCUUCAUGGUUCUUUGCCACCUGAAAUGCAGGUGCGUGUAUUUAGUCCUCCACCUCUGAAUUGCCGACGAUUUAUAGUUGCCACAAAUAUUGCUGAAACUUCGUUAACGGUUGACGGUGUUGUGUAUGUUAUUGACUCUGGUUAUGUCAAGCAACGGCAGUACAACCCAUCAACUGGCAUGUAUUCCCUUGAUGUUGUUCAAAUUAGCAAAGUGCAAGCUAAUCAACGGGCAGGCCGAGCGGGAAGAACUUGUCCUGGGAAGUGCUAUCGGUUAUACCCUUCCACAGCUUAUCAUGAGGAAUUUCUGGAUGUAACAGUUCCUGAAAUACAGCGAUCUUCCCUUGCUGGGAGUGUUCUCUAUUUGAAAUCACUGGACCUCUCUGAUAUGGAUAUUCUCAAGUUUGAUUUUCUUGAUCCGCCUUCAUAUCUUGUUGGCUUUGCUGCAGCUGAGUCUUUAGAAGAUGCUUUGAAGCAGUUAUAUCUCAUUGAUGCUAUUGAUGAAAAUGGCUCUAUCACAAGUGUUGGACGAACAAUGGCUGAGCUCCCACUAGAACCUUCACUCUCCAGAACCUUAAUGGAGGCAAAUGAGUGUGGUUGCUUAUUCCAGGCUUUGAGUGUCGCUGCCAUGUUAUCAGCGGAAACCUCAUUGCUUCCCGGUCGAAGCAAGAAUACUGAAAAAAAGAGGAAACACACUUCCUCGAACCUUCCUGAUGGGUCUGGCUGGGGUGAUCACAUCCAACUGCUUCAGAUCUAUGAGCAUUGGGAUAGAACUAAUUAUAAUAUUGGUUGGUGCAAAGACAAUGACUUGCAGGUGCGAGGGAUGUUGUUUGUCAAAGAUGUUCGGAAACAAUUGUCUCAGAUAAUGCAGAAAGUAGCGAAGGGAUCCCUAGAUGUACGGGCAAAUGGAAGGUGGAAAGAGAGUGAGCUUGAUUACCGGAAUUUGAGGAAAGCUUUGUGCAUAGGUUUUGCAAAUCAGCUGGCUGAGAGAAUGAUUCAUCACAAUGGCUAUCGAACUCUAGGUUUUAAGCCCCAAGUAGUUCAGGUGCAUCCGUCUUCAGUGCUGAAACCAGAUGCAGAGGGAAAGUUUCCAGAGUAUGUUGUGUACCAUGAACUCAUUGCAACCUCACGCCCGUACUUACACAAUGUAUGUGCUGUAGAGAUGAAUUGGGUCAUGCCCAUUCUAAACAAGGUUAAGAAAAUAAAUAUAAAGAAACUGAGUGGUGCGACUGGUCAUAUCAGAGAAGAAACUGAUGAAAAACUUUCCGACUUGCCGAAGAAAGAGAUUAACAUUGAUGGGGUCCCUGAUGACCAUGAAAAUAGAAUUCAGGCAGCUAGAGAACGUUUUCUUUCUCGUAAGGCAAAGAAAUGAGCUUCAUUUUUGCUAUUGAUGAUCUGAAAGUAAGUGAGCUUAGUUAGCAGUUGGUAUGAUGAUAUACGGUGGGAUCAGCAGCCCUGGCUUCUGGAUCCAUAGGGGACAAGUUUGGCGGUAAAGACUUCUAAAAAGGAGGGAUAUCUGGAUAUGCAUUUGUGACAUGUAUGCCUUGAAGGGUGUGAUCCAGCACAGCUACAGUUUUCACUAGUUUUGUGCUGAAAUUUGGUUAUCUUUUACUCCAAGGAGCAUAUUUACUUUGGUGUCCUUGCAGGCUUGCCCUAUUCUGUAUCAACUAUUAAGGUAUGCUAGCAGUUUUCCUUUUUCUUUCCCCUAUUUGGCUGGAAGUAUGCUGGCAGGUUCCUGACUUGCACACUUCGCAUUUAACGAAGUCCAUUCAAAUGAAAUCUUUCUCCAAAAAAAUGAUGUUUAGCUAUGUAUCAAUUGAAUCAACUGUCAUGCUAUAUUUCUGUACCAUUUGAUGCUGCAUAUUUUUUAAUCUAACUUGAACUGCAAGUCUCACGUUGGAUUAUAAAAUUGCUCGACAUUUAUCAAACUGCUUUGACGUUUUUUUUAACUGCAUACCUCUCGGACAAACAGAUGCUCCAGCAUUAUCUCGUUCUUCAUGCCACUUUUUGGGUUUUAACUGCUGCAUAUUCUUUGAAUUCCAUCGAUCCAUGUGAACCGCCUGUCCUUUAAACUUGGUGCUUUCUUUUCCUGGUAAGGUGUAUGUCUUUUUGGUUGUUGAAAAGCACAUUAAAUUACAACCAUUUGGCAACCACCCGUUCUUUAAAUGUAGUUCUCUUGGGCAAGGUCUCUCUCUUUGCUGCUUUUUUGUUUUUGCAAAUAAGAAGUAAGAUCCUUCUUUGUUGUUGAAAACCACACUUCCUUUUUCAACCACAUCCAUUUGUAAUUUUGGGAAUUUGGAAACAGGACGAGAUUAUUCCAAAAUGCAUUGUGCUUUGAACUACUGUUGGUUUGGUAGAUGUUUGUUUAAAGGGUGUAUAAACCCACUCUAAAGUACAUUCCUCACGACGUUUCUUUCAAA